UAAAAUCGAACUAUCUAUCUGUUAUAACCUACUUUUCAUUAAGCGUUUAUUAUUUGAAUUUGACUUUCUCUACGUUGUCAACUAGUCUUUCUACACCGUUUACUACCCUACUGCCAUUUCGCUUUUUAAAAAUCUCCUACACUUCCUUUAAAAAAUAAACUGGGCGUCUCUCUCAUGUAAAAACAGGGCUAUAAAAUAAUAGGAAUCUCCCGGCUCAGCAGCCGGACUACACCUCUCAGGCACUGUGACAUUCCCAUACAGCACUUGUAUUAACUCCAGCUAAUAUAGGCAGAGCAAGUGACACUGUCUAGCAGCUGAGAUGUCUCUAAGGAGCAGACUGGAAUUCAAGGAGCUGGGCGCUGAAGAGAACUCGGACACCGACCGCGGAGACCUGGACAGCGUCAAAGCGCUCACGGAGAAACUGAAGCUGCAGACACGGCGACCCUCUUACUUGGAAUGGAAAGAGAGGCUGCAAUGCCAGCCUUGGGGAACUGCCGAGAAGGGACAGGACAGCUCUGAGGUACAGUGCCCUAACAAGACCAAAGACGAGGAUUUAAAGGGAGUGGACGUUCUUAAGGGCAGCAGCAGCAGCAAGAGCCCCAGAAAAGAUGGGACUGGCACUCUGCAGAAUAUCUGUGGGUUUGACACCAUGGAUGACGCAUUGGACUGGUUAAGGAAAGAACUGAGGGAGAUGCAAGUGCAAGAUAACCAGCUCGCACGGCAGCUCAUGAAGCUACGGGGGGAGAUCUACCAGCUGAAGGUGGAGCAGGUGUGCCACCAUCACAAGGAGAUGCUCGACGACGCCACCUAUGGGCUGGAGGAGUGCGGGGAGGAAUCGGACCUGCUUUGUGACAUCCCUCUGAAAGCAGCUUUCUCGCUCUCAAUGCCCCUGAAACACAUCGGGGUCACCAGGAUGAACAUCAACUCCCGCAGGUUCUCUCUCUGCUGAAGCUGGGAGAUACUGCGCUCAAGUAACAGGGGUGCAAACCAUUUAAAAAAAAAAAAGAGCGCCUACAGGUAAAGUCUACUGGCACCAGAAUUUAAUGUUGCUGGCGCUAUAUGAGGUACCCUGGCGCUAGAAUGUAGCACCGUUGUGCCAGAUUUUGCACCCUUGGGUAAACAGCUUAGGUUGAACUCGAUUUCAUUAACCUUUAAAGACUUUUUCUUUUUUUUUUUUUUAAAGUUUUUUAUAAACAUUCUCUUAGGUUAAACAGUGCUUAGAAAAUUGAAAAUGGACUUCUCACAGUUGAGAAAUGGUUUAAUGAACUGCAAACUUAAUUUAUUUCAUUAAAAGGAUCUACAAUAAGAUGUUAUUUAUAGAGCCCCACUGUCUUCAUCAGCAGCUGUGAGGCAACUAGUCUUCUUCAUCAACACAUUUCAGUGGAACUGGAUCAUGUUUUGGAUGAUAGAAUAUCUUUGGGACUAUGUGUGACAGUAAUACUGUAUGUAGCUCCAAGUGUAUUUUUAAUUCUCAAACUCUGCUCAGGCUAAAGGAGAAUAUACUUUGUUUCAAUCUAAACUGUAUCUUGCUGCUAUUAUUAAAGAACUACCAAAUAACUGUGAGGUUCAGCUGUAGAUUAAGCGAAUGUGCCUGAAUUUUAUACCUUGUAUAUUCUAUUAAAUUUUAUAA